AUGUUACGAUUCAACAAUUCUUCUAGUUUAUUGAAACAAAUCAGGAAAAUUGCCACCACUUCUAUUAAUAUGUCAUCAAAAUUAUCAAGCAACCACACCUCUGGAGGUGAAGAGCCAGUUGUAUUGAGUUCAGUGAAAAACCAUGCUAGACUUAUUACCCUCAACAGAGUCAAGAAAUUGAAUUCAUUAAACACAGAAAUGAUUGAGUUGAUGACCCCACCAAUUUUGGAUUACGCCAAAUCAAAGGAAAACAAUGUUAUCAUAUUGACUUCAAAUUCCCCCAAGGCUUUGUGUGCUGGUGGUGAUGUUGCUGAAUGUGCCGUUCAAAUCAGAAAGGGAAAUCCAGGAUAUGGAGCUGAUUUUUUUGACAAAGAAUAUAACCUCAAUUAUAUCAUUUCGACUUUACCAAAACCAUAUAUUUCAUUUAUGGAUGGAAUCACUUUUGGAGGAGGUGUUGGGUUAUCAGUACAUGCACCAUUUCGAGUAGCAACUGAAAAAACCAAACUUGCUAUGCCAGAAAUGGAUAUAGGAUUCUUUCCAGAUGUCGGCACUACAUUCUUUUUACCUAGAUUAAACGAUAAGUUGGGAUAUUAUGUGGCUUUGACAGGCUCUGUUUUGCCUGGAUUAGAUGCUUACUUUGCUGGAUUUGCAACUCAUUACAUUAAGUCUGAAAAAAUCCCUCAAUUGAUCAACAGAUUAGCAGAUUUGCAGCCACCAGCAAUUGAAGGUGAUAUUACCGUCCUAUCGGGCAACAAUCAAUAUUUCAAUCAAGUAAAUGAUAUUUUGAAUGAUUUUAGUGAAAAGAAAUUACCCGAAGACUACAAGUUUUUCCUUUCCACUGAAGAUAUUGCAACAAUAAACAAAGCAUUUUCUCAAAACACUAUUGAUGAUGUUCUCAAAUAUUUGGAGAAUGAUGGAUCUCCAUUUGCCAAAAAGACACUUGAAACAUUAUUGAAAAAGCCCAAGAGUUCAUUAGCUGUAGGGUUUGAAUUGAUGAACCACGGAGCAAAGAAUUCUAUCAAAAAACAGUUUGAAUUGGAGAUGGUUUCUGCAACUAAUAUCAUGAGUAUCCCAGCAGACCAAAAUGAUUUUGCUAAAGGUGUUAUUCAUAAAUUAGUGGACAAAAUCAAGGAUCCAUUUUUCCCUAAAUGGAAUGAUCCAAGCACUGUUACUCAACAAUUCCUUAAAAACAUCCUCAGCACAUCGAAAAACACCGACAAGUAUUUGAAAGCUCCGUUUAUCAAAAAAUGGUUCGGCGUCGAUUUUGAGGACUAUCCACACCAAAUGGGAUUGCCUACAAAUAAACAAGUUGCAGAUUAUAUUUCUGGAUCAGAUGGAUCUAAUAGAACCUAUUUACCAACUCCCGCGGAAGUUUUCAAACAUUUUAAACAAAAGACAAAUAAUAAAUUGGGUGUCGAGGAGAAGAUUAGACAGAUAUUGGAUUUACACGGCGAAACCGCCAAAUACGAUCAUAAGUAUGUUACUUGGAAAGAAGAUCCCACAAAAUAA